GCCAUUUGCACUGAUGUAAACAUUGUAUUGUGUUUUUAUAGCGUUUAUCCUCACCUUUACAGUAUGUCAUGCAAAGACAUCUGUUCGUUUGAAAUAAGUUAAUAUCAGAGUAGGAACACAUAUACAUAGUCAGCAUUACGACAUAUGUGCGCUAUGUUUGCCCUGAAGCCGAUUGGUUACAUUCAGACACCAUUCCAGUUUAAGAAUGGUACGCCCCGGCAGCCAACGGUGUGCAGUCAAGCCCGAGGGACCAUCACCAUCGACAAGGCCGUCUUCAACAAUCCCGAGCAUUCCCUUGAGGGACUGGAACAGUACAGUCAUGUCUGGAUAUUCUUCAUAUUCCACAAAAACAACAACGCGCAUUACAAGGCAAAGGUGGCGCCCCCGCGGCUGAAUGGACGGAGGGUUGGCGUGUUCUCCACGCGAUCCCCUUAUAGGCCAAACAACGUGGGCCUCACACUGGCCAAAAUCGAACAGGUCAAAGGUUCUAGUGUGGUAGUGUCGGGUGUGGACAUCCUGGAUGGGACGCCGGUGGUGGACCUGAAGCCCUACAUUCCCCAGUAUGACUGUCCCGAUUUCCGGUCCCAGGGAGCGGACCCUCAAGCGGGCCUUGUCGGGACGGAAGUUGGAGGAUCGGCUUGUAAUGUGGCAGGCGAAGAUGAUAUCUCACACGUGAACAAUUCAGACGAGUUAUUAGGUAAUGUUCCUCGUAAAAAUGCAUCAGAAAAAAAGAGUGAGUGCAGUAAUGAACUUGAUACUUCAACGCAGUGUGAGAACAGUGCAAUUGAAAAUAGUGUUCAUGUUGUCUCACCUACCGACAUGGCAGACCGUGCACUAGGAGAAUCUGAACAGCCGACGCCAACUAAAGAUGUCAAAGGUAAUAAACGUGUUGAAACUGUAGAUAUCGACAGCGAAAUUCUAAAGAAAAGGCCUCACAAAAACGUUGUGAGCAAGCCCGGUACAGUUUCUGCCAAUAGUGUGUCGUCUGCCAGUUGGGUAACGGAAGCCCCUGUAUCAAAACUGACGGUGUGGUUCAUCGAGCGCGCGGAGCGUCAGUUGCAGCAGUUCGCCAGAACGCCCAGGGCGGACAGUCCCGACCCCUUCACCCUGCAGCACUUGGGCAGCCCAGAGGAAGCCCGGACCGCCAUCGUUAAUAUCCUGCAGGAGGACCCGCGGUCAACGUACCGUCGGAAGCAUUGCGCGGACAGCCUGUACUACUUCACGGUGGACGCCCUCCACCUCACGUGCUGGUUCUUUGAUGACUGUGUAGAGGUGCUCAGGGUUCAGCCUGUAGCAGCAGUGGACAAACUCAGGGAUAAACUCACUUAGAUGAAACCCCAUGGUAAUUCUUAUAACAAUAGACGAAGUGCCGAUCUGAAUAUGAGUUGUAGUGUCCCUGUUGGCGUCAAAUGCGUCAUCAUUAAUCACAUGUGCAACAUAUGAUUUAUUCAAUUUAUAAAUUUCAUCUCCAUUCCUGAAUGUAUACAGAAUAAAUUCGUAUACAUUU